AUGGGUGCACACCUUGGAAGGACAUACGAAGUAAAAGAUGAGGAACCGAAACAAGAAAUACCUCAGCAUCAGAGGGAACUGCAGCAAUCCUCCAGAAACAACCAUAAACCGGAUACAGAAUGGUUAAAAGGCACAUAUGCUUAUGAAUUUCAUGAGUCACAAUUGUCAAGGAUUUCUGAGAACAUGACACCCAAGAAGAAAAAACAAAGAAGCAGGCCUAAAAGAAGAAACAGUGAUAGUCGACUUGAUUACAGUUUUGACUCUCUGAUCGACAAUGAAGAUCACAGUAUUCUUAAAACAAUCGCUGAUGAGAAAAGACAAAAUGGAAGCAUAGAUGACUCUACCAAAUUUAAUUUAUCCACAAGAAAAGAUCGAAGCAGAGAACAAAGACUUCAUAAGAUGCAUCAUGAAGUGGAAAGUUCUCAACAUCGGCAACAAAUACAUAAGGAAAAACAUUCUGAUGUGCGGUUUAGGCUUCAGAAAGCAACUGACGUAACCGAUUCAACGGCUUUACUUGAGGAUGAUUUUGACUCGUUAUCAUCCGAAAUGUCAGAAGAGAAUGACAUGGACUCUGAAACCGAUGAGGAAUUUUCAGCAAAGAAAAAUUCCAGCGGGUCACAACAUGAAACAGAAUCAAAAAAGAAAAAUUAUUACGAAGAAUCGCGCAAAUUUUACCAAAAUAAGCAUCGGGACAGAAAUAAUGAUGAAAACUUAUUAACCAAUGGCCUUGAUUUAUCGAAAAGAUUCAUAAAUUCCUCCAGGAAAAAACAACCACAAAUUUAUGAGGAAAUGCUGAGUGCAAAUGAAAGUCUUCAGCUGUGUAAAAACUUUCCUCAGAAGUACAAACAUUGCAAAAUAAAAAUUUUUAAUCCCCACAGGGCACUUUGUUCGUCUCUUGAUGAAGACAUAGAAAUUGAAAUAUCAGGGCGGUCUAAAUGUGGAAAGGCCUUCAAUCAAGAUGAAGUUGUUGUUGAAAUUCUAAAAAAUCGUGAAAAACAAGCUGAUUGUUCAAUACAAUCUGCAACGUUUUCUAAAGAGAAUGAGAAUAAAUCAUUCGGAAAAAUUGUUGGAAUAACGAAGAGAAAUGAAACAUUGCCCAAGAACCCCGUCUUUGUUUGUACCAUUGAUCAAUAUGUGAUGCAUCUUAUGAAACCUGUAUGUAAAACGGUUCCAAAAAUUCAUGUUCUUAAUGAGAGACAAAAAACAAAAUUUCAAGUAGAAAUUUACAAAUACGACAAAAGAGCAAAAGACUUAAAAUUCGAUCGACUGAAAACAAUACAUCGAUCAAAAAGAAAAGGAUACACUUUUCUGGUGUGUUUCAUUGCUUGGAAUGAAAUUUAUCCAAAGGGAGCCAUUAUAGGAGUGUACGAUUUUAGAUGUGACUUAAAUACCUCUCUUAAACUGGUUUGUCUGCAGAGCAAUGUUUCUGUAAUAUACAAAGAAAGUACAGUCCGUGAAGUGGAAAAGAUCUUAAAACGAAAGGCACAUCUGAACGGCGAUGAACAUAGAACAGAUUUUUCCGAGAGUCUCAAUGCUUUUACAAUCGAUGAAAGUGAUUCAAAAGAUCUAGAUGAUGCUCUCAGUGUACAGACUAUCUCAGAAACAGAAUUUGAAAUCGGAGUCCAUAUUGCAGAUGUUGGCAGUGUUGUAAAGAGGGAUGAUCCUGUUGAUGUAGAGGCACUGGAAAGAUCAAAUACUUUCUAUCCAGGGGAAAACUGUCAACCAUUUCAUAUGCUCCCAGAGCCUUUAGGAACAGAUAUUUGUAGUCUUUUGCCUCACCAGGAGAGAAAAACUCUUUCAAUUUUUUUCAGAAUAGAUAAGGAUGGAAAUAUCUUGGAACAAAGGCUGGACCGCACAAAAAUUAAGUCUAGGCGACGCUUCACAUAUCUGGAAGUGCAAAAAUUAUUAUCAAAAGCAAAUAAAAACGAAAACUUUAAACAAGAAUUGGAAAUUUUAUCUGCUUUUACCAAACAAAUACGGUCUAAGCGACUAGGAAAUGGAAUGUUUUCAUUUCCAUUUGAAUCACCUGAUACUGAAUGCAGUAAAUCAUAUUUUCAAAGUAUCGAUGCACAUAUUAUAGUAGAAGAAUGCAUGAUUCUUGCAAACCAAUUUAUUGGCAAAAUAUUAAUCGAGGCAUUUCCAGAUUGUAUACCUCUUCGUGUUCAAAGUAAGCCAUCUUCCCAUAGAAUGAAUGAAUGGCUUUUGAAUUUUUCCGUCAUUGCGAAUUUCGUACUUUCGCUUCAACAUAAAUGUCUUGAAAAUGGUAAAAUAUUGUCUGUUGAUAAAAUUCAUGAACACCAAAUGUCUCAACAACUACCAAUACAAAAGCAUGUUUGGAACAAAAUAGUUUCAAGUUAUAGCAAGGGAGACUUUAAGAAUUUACAGAGAUUCAUAGGUACCGAUGAAUUCCAUCCACAACAAGCAUCUGCUUAUGACUCAUGGAUGUCAUUUCAAGAGACUUCACGUUAUGAAUGUUCUGGAUCACCUCACGAGAAAAUACAUUUUUCUCUAGGCAUUUAUCCUUAUGUACACUUUACUUCUCCAAUCCGACGUUAUGCAGAUUUGAUUGCAAAUCGAUUGGUUCAUGCACUGCUUGACAAUAAAGUGUCACCCUACUCUCAAAGAGAAGUUGAAAUGAUAUGCAAAAAUGUCAACAGAAGUCGACCUCGAGAAUUUGAAAGGAAAUGUCGAUUGCUGCAUCUUGGAAGGCAACUCGAAAGACAGCCAGUCAUUUUACAUACCUUGGUCAAGUCGGCAUCAGAAAAAUCUGUUUCCAUUUGUUUUCCCGGCCAAAGUGAGCUAGCAAAUUCGUGUGGUGAAAUUAAUUACCAUCUAAUGAAGUUAAAGUCAAAACCACUUUUAGAGGAAGAUUGUGAUAAAAAGCAUUUACUUACCCUGUCAUGGCAACAGCGUUUGUAUUCAACACUGGGAUUUUCUGCAGGUGCCUCUAAUUCUAUAGGAGGACCAGUAUGUUUAAAUCCACAUCAAAAAGUAACCUAUGUGUCCUUGAAAAAAUGGAAAAAGCUCGUAGAUUCUCUUAUCAGAGAUGAUAUGAAUUUGUUGAAUAAGAAGAUUUUUGAGGGGAAUGAGGAUCUACCAAGUGUUUUUGAGUGUCAAGGUACACAUUCUGAUGCAAGCUCUGAAACAAAAGAUGGCGUGAUUGGAAAACAAUAUACGGAGUUCAAACUCACCUUUAGCAAAGCUCAAGUCAUUCCUAUUCAAAUCGGAGUAGAACGCAGUAAGGGAAUGUUGAUGCCAUCUAUUCAGCUGUUAGAAAUUACAAGGAAUCUUAAAUGCUGUAUUCAACACAUGUCUGAUCCAGUACAAUGUUUCUCUUCUUAUGCCAAAAUGCACGAAGGCAACAGAAAAAUGACAUCACCCGAAUAUGUGAGUCGUUGGUUGAACAUAUUUCGAAUGGAAUCAGUUACCAAUGCAACUAAAUCUUUAUCAAUAGUUAUAAACGAUUUGCAUGUUAAGUUUUACACAGGCAAGAAAUAUGACGGUUCUUUUGUACUUUUGAAACAUUUUUGUCUUCAAAGAGAUAUAGAUUUUCGUUGGCACGUUGAGAACAAUUCAGAAAACACAGUUUCUGACCAAACGGAUUUUCUUUGCAUUCGAUGCGAGCUAGUAAAGGGUGUUCCUUCGCGACCAAGUAUUGCAUGUUCACCAGAAGAACGAAGGAUAUGGAUUGGUCAUGGAGAAACAAAAUUUUGUCAAAAGGGUAGAGAAAAUGGAGACGUUAAAGUUCAUUUUAAACUGCAUAGAGACAGUCCAAAACCAAGUCUUUCUAUGAUAGAUUCCGGCAAUCCAACAUGUGCCGUUGAAAUACUUCAAAUGUCUGAAGCAGAUAAGAAUAUUGAGGAUGCUGUUAAGGGAUUAGAGUCAGGAAAAGAGCUUGCGAAAUCGAUAGCUCUGAGAGGAGAAAUUCAUUCUCUAGACGAUGUCCAUGUAAGACUGGGAAAACAAAUUAGACCGGACGUGAUACACGACUCUUUGCAGCCCAACAACGAAAAACAGCUAGAAGCUAUAAAAAAGGCUUUAUGUUCAAGAUUUACUCUCAUACAAGGACCACCUGGCACAGGGAAGACUUUGACUGGAAUCAAGCUUAUUUUGUUAUUCAUGAACAUCAAUUUAACGCACCGAGAAAACGGUGGUGACCAUAAUCAGGUUGUUUAUUGUGGACCUUCUAAUAAGUCUGUCGAUUUAGUAGCACGGUGGAUAAGAACAUAUAUACGAGAUCUCUGCCCCAAAAUGGUUAGAAUGUAUGGAAGUUCCAUAGAAAGUACCGUUUUUCCUGUUCCUGGUAGAGAUUAUAUAAACCAAUCCUCUUGCAAAGACAAUCGACCGGAUUCAGAUUUAGUAGAAGUGUCACUUCAUAAUUUGAUCAGAAAAAAGGAUAAACCAUUCGCUGAAAAAAUCAAACAGUUUGAUAAACUCUUCAAAGAAAAUCCAAACGGUAUAUAUUUUGAUCCAGAAUUAGUUAAUGAGUACAGAAAAGUACUUUCAGAUGCAACACAGGAGGAGCUCAAACAUUAUGAUGUCAUUUUUUGCACAACUGCAGUUGCAACAAACCAAAAAUUUCUUAAAGCCACUGAGGGUAAGAUAUAUCAGCUAAUUAUUGAUGAGGCAGGGAUGUGUACCGAACCAGAAACCAUGGCUCCAAUUAUUGCUACAAAAGCAGAACAAGUUGUUCUAAUUGGUGAUCACAAACAACUUCAACCAAUCAUCAUUUGUCAAGAGGCGGCUGAACUAGGACUGUCAAAAUCUCUUUUUGAACGUUUUGCAGACAAUGCUGUGUUUUUAGACACCCAGUACAGAAUGAAUGAAAAAAUUUGUGAGUUUCCAUCCAAACAGUUUUACAAGGGAAAACUUAAAACUGGACCUUCAAAAAAAUAUGAAGUCAAGGAACCUUUAAAAAUAUGGAGAAAUCCACACACACCCCUCUUGUUUUGUCACAUGGAAGGAGAAGAAGAAUGCCUGGCAGUAUCCACGGAAGAGGGAAACCAGCAAUCGAGAAGCAACAAGGCAGAAGUGGAACACGUGGUGAGAGUGUAUGAGUUUCUGAUGUCGCAUAAAGGAAUACAAACACAACAUGUCAAAGUAAUGUCACAGUACAAUGCACAAUGCUUUGCAAUCCGCGAAGCCCUUCUGAAGAAAGGUUUCAUUAAUUCCAAAGUUCACACAGUUGUUUCCAGUCAAGGUGGUGAGUGGGACUAUGUCAUAUUCAGCACGGUCAGAUCCCUCCCUGACUACAGAAUAGAACCUAAUCCAUCUCUAGGAUGGCGCAAGAGAAACCUGGGUUUCAUUACAGAUGAACACCAGAUAAACGUGGCCCUUACUCGUGCAAGGAAGGGCAUCAUUAUCAUAGGAAACAAGAAGCUGCUUCAAUGUGACCUUGUUUGGAGAGAACUGAUAAGACACUACAUAACAUUGGACUGUGUAGUGGAUGGCGACAGUCAAAAAUUAACUCUUCUUAAGAGACAGGGUAAAAAAAGAUGACCUGAAA